UGGAAAGCUACACAUGUGAGCCUCUAGGCGGGCCCGGUGCAGACUUGCCAUGGCCUCCGAAGCUUCUGUGCGUCUAGGGGUGCUCCCUGACCGUCUGUGGAUCCAGAGGCCUGGCAUCUACGAAGAUGAGGAGGGGAGGACCUGGGUGACUGUGGUCGUGCGGUUCAAUCCCUCGCAUAGGGAAUGGGCCAGGGCCUCAAGCUCCCAGGGCAGCGCCUCCCAGGGCGGCAGAUAUGAACCCAGCAUCACGGUGCACUUGUGGCAGAUGGCAGUGCACACCCGGGAGCCACUCUCCUCCGGCCAGAUGCCCUUCUCCCAGCUGCCUGCUGUGUGGCAGCUCUACUCCGGGAAGAAGUACCAAGCAGCGGAUUCCAGUUUCUGGGAAAUAGCAGACCAUGGCCAGAUCGACUCCAUGGAGCAGCUGGUCCUAACAUAUCAGCCGGAAAGGAAAGACUGACAUUGGGAGUGGCUGGCCCUGCUGGCCCUGCCUUCUUCUGGCCUGGUGUCUUCUCAUGCCCCCUCAGUGAGGAUCUUCAUGUACCUGCUCUUCUGUUUGCACACCCAGCAUAGCCUCCUUGCGGGCAGAAGGCAGUGGGGCCCCUGCACACUCAGCUUCUCUCAUUUUCCUUAGUUAUCAGUCCUGUCCUGUCCCGCUUGGAUCUGCACUUAGGGCAGCUGGCCUGGAUGGGCUUCACUAGGGGCCCUGUCUGUGCGCUGAGCCAGUUUCCCCUGCUGGCUGCAAGCUGUGGGUUCUCUUUCUCCUCUGUGCCCCUCAUGCUGAUCUUCUAGAUGCCACUCCCAAAUCCCCUUCAUACCCACCAGGAUGUGUGCCCAGCCAGGCCUCCAGCACCCUCAGUGCAGCUCAUGAUUGGAAACUCACCAUCAGCAGGCAGUGGCUCGGUUUAAGAGAUGGCUGCAGAGGGAGCCCAGUCUGGAUGUGGACUUGGAUGCCCUGUGGGUAUCAGUUCUGCUGACACUUUGGCCCGAAAUAGAUCCAGUGCUGAGCAAGCAGUGUACACCGGGGCCUCAGUGAGCCCAUCUGCACAGUGGGGAGCAUGGAGGGAUGGGUUUGGCCUGUGCUUCUGCUUGUUCAGUCCUUCAGCUCACAGAAGGGAUGCUAGUCCAUGAAGGUGACCUCACAGUACUGGUUAAUUAAACUUUAUUGCUCACUGUCCA